AUGGAGGGGAUGAUAAUGGGCGGAAUGCGGUUGGAGGGAAGAGGAAGAGCUGCUGAGAUCGUCGCUGCCUGGCUGGAGGCUCACCAAAACUUCCCCUCGCCCACUUUCCCCCCCCCGGCAAUCUCCAAUCUCCUCCCUUCCCCUGCUUCCCCUCCCUCCCCAACCUCACUUCCUCUCCGCCUCAACUUGCCUUGCCUCCCACUGCAAGCUCUCCUCACUUCAUCCCCUUCUGCUGCCCCGUCCCACCUUGCCUGCCACUACACCUGCUCGACCCCCCUUCCAACCAUGGUGAAGUACCGGUUCCACCAGUACCAUGUGGUGGGGCGCAUGAACCCGAGCCCCAACGACCCUACGCCCAAGAUCUACCGCAUGAAGCUCUGGGCCAUCGACCAAGUGCGCGCCAAGAGCAAGUUCUGGUACUUCUUGAGUCAGCUGCGUAGAGUGAAGAAGGCUCACGGUCAAGUCCUAGCGAUCAACGAGAUCUUUGAGAAGAAUCCGACGGUGGUGAAGAACUACGGCAUGUGGGUGCGGUACCAGAGCCGCACGGGGUACCACAACAUGUACAAGGAGUACCGCGACACCACGCUCAACGGCGCCGUGCACCAGAUGUACGACGAGAUGGCCUCGCGCCACCGCACCCGCGCCCACGGCAUCCAGAUCAUCAAGACAGCCGAGGUGCCGGACGACAAGGUGAAGCGAGUGAACACGCUGCAGUUCAUCGGCGACAAGAUCCGCUUCCCCCUGCCCAACCGCUCCGUGCGCGCCUCCUCGCGCUCCCUCAAGACCACCUACAAGGCCUCCCGCCCCAACACCUUCGUGUAG